AUGGGUAUCAAUAACCCACUUCCAAGAAGCUUGAGAAGUGAGUCCAAGUAUGUAUUUUUUUUUUUUUUUUGCAUUCCCGAGGCUACCAUAGUCAAGCAACGUAUCAGCUAUAUAUGUAUAGCCACCGGCCAAAUACUAACUUUUUCUCCUUUUUCUUCCUUUCUAAAGAAAAGCGGCCAAAGUUCUAGCUUCAUUCAUCAAGCCAAACCAAUUAGCGGGACCAGACGAGAUUAUCCCACCGAAAAUCUUGAAAAAUGCAAAAGGGUUGGCGAUCAUCACCGUGUUGAAAGCCGGUUUCCUUUUCUCGGGAAGAGCAGGCUCGGGAGUCAUUGUUGCACGUUUACCAGACGGCCAGUGGUCUGCUCCCUCUGCGAUUGUGACUGCGGGCGCAGGGAUGGGGGGUAUGAUUGGUGCCGAGUUGACCGAUUUCGUGUUUGUUUUGAACUCCAAAUCGGCAGUUGACUCAUUUGCCCAGGCCGGCUCGGUCACCUUGGGCACCAAUGUCUCCGUUGCCGCAGGUCCAUUGGGCAGAAGUGCCGAGGCGGCAGGUACUGCUUCUUUGAGUGCCGUCUCGGCCGUUUUCGCCUACUCCAAAACCAAAGGGUUAUACGCGGGGAUCUCACUUGAAGGUUCGGCAAUUGUCGAGAGAAGAGAUGCAAAUAGGAAAUUCUACGGUGAGCCGCUCAAGGCUAGACAGAUUUUGGCCGGUGAAGUUGAACCUCCGCCAGCUUGUGAUUCACUUAUGAGGGUCUUGGAAUCAAGAGUCUUUAACAACAGAUCGGCAUACGACGAGGAGGAUUUCUACAACGACGAGUACUACGACGAUAUACCCGAUGACUUUUCCGACACCACAUCGGAGUAUUCAGCAGCUGGUGCAUCGCCAAGAAGACGCGGUGCCGCUCCCGACCGCAGAAGAUCGCAUAGGAGAAGAAGGUAUUCCGACGAAUACUCGGACGAAGACGAUUGGUCAGAGGACGAGGAUUACGAUAGAAGAAGACGCGGCGGCGGCGGCGGCGGCGGUGCUGCAGCGAGAAGGAGCAGCACGAGAGGAUCAACCACGGCCGGUACCAGUGCCGGGUUAUCUAGUGCGAGAACACAGUCUACCUGGGAAGACGACGUUUACGACACGGGCUAUAACGGCAAGACCAGGUCGAGAGGCAACAGUGACGUUGACCGGUUGAAUGCGAGAUUGGGCAACACGCGAUUAUCGCCCAAUAAAACCAGCACAGGCCCCGGUAGACCGCCAUCAUCGUCGAAACCAAACUUCGGUGGUUCUCAGAGGUCCAAAGCCAACUCGUCUCAAGCAAUUGCUUUGUACUCGUUCAAGGGCGAGCAAAGUGGAGACUUGCCAUUCAAAAAGGGAGACGUUAUCGAUAUUUUGAAAAGAACUGAAACUGUGGAUGACUGGUGGACGGGUAGGAGUAAUGGCCUCACUGGUAUCUUCCCAGCUAAUUACGUUGAAUUGAUCUAG